AAGGUAGCUGUGGUCAAGCCAGUGAUAUAUGGGUAACUCCGACGUGUGAGGGAGCUGUGCAGAAAGUAGACGAUGCAGUAGUUCAAUUGGUACCGAAGAGACGGAUCAUGUCCCCGACGACGAUCGGUUGCGCUCGGCCGUCGAUUGUUCUGUGUCGAAUUCCCGAUUGCCUCGCUGGGCUUUGUUCCCAUGGUGACUGCACGGAGACUUUAACAGGCUAUUCAUGCCGCUGUCAGAAUGAUUGGACUGGGAAUCUCUGUGAUAUUGAAGCGGAUAUGACAUUGUCAGACAACACAGAUCUCUCAAGCACUCCAGAGUCGCCUACGACCCCAGCCGAUCGGGAGAAGGAGAACUCAAGGCAGGUCUCAUCGACAGCUGAAGCAGGUAGUGGACAAGGAGGAGACAGUUCUGCUACUGUAAGUCCAGACGCCGCGUCCGAACCGAGCCAGAUCACCUCUAUACCCGAAGCAACCGUUGACCAAGUAGAAGGAGCUUCCUCAACAAAGGGUCCAGAAGAAGACCCUGAUACAAACACUGCAAGAACGGAGUCUGUCGGACAGGCGGACCCAGCUGAGACUACAACCUCUCAAAUGGUAAGCUCACAAGAAAAACCUGAAGUCUCUCAGACGUCAUCAUCAGACUCGCAAGAAACACCUGAAGUCUCUCAGACGUCAUCAUCAGACUCACCUUCUACCAGCGGUUUGAACGCGAUGACUCCAACUACAUCGCUCCAGACCGAGUCUUGUUCACCAAGUCCGGUUUCAUAUUGCCCCGACGAUUGGAUCACGCAACAAGGAGAGAUUAAUAAAUGCUACAAACUCAUCGGGAUGGAAUCAAACUGGCAAGCUUCGCGCCAGGCGUGUUGCGAGCUGUCCGCGACAAUGCUCGUCAUCGAUUCCCUCAUCGAAAAUGAGUUCAUCGAAGAUACCUUUGGAUCCUCGGGCGAAGUCGACACUUGGUUGGGAUGCCACAACGUCGAUGGCGACAAUGAUCGGUGGUCGUGCAUGAAGUCGACAUCUACGUGGGUGCGCAAUGAGGAUCAGUCAGGAUAUUGGCGAUGGGAAACGGAAUGGCCCGAUGAAACUGCCUCUGGUUCCCGCUGUGCCUUCAUCGAACUCUCAAAGGACUCGCUUUGGAAGGACACUGAUUGCAACGAGUCAUACCGUACGAUAUGUCAGAUGAUCCUCUUACAAGACCAAUCAUCCACGGAGGAAGCAGUAGGAGUAGAAGAAGAAGGAGGAGACGAAGAAGAAGAAGAAGAAGGAAAACGUUGA